AAGGAUGAUUCUCAGAGACUUGUGGAAAGCUUCAGCUCUGAUGAAAAUGAGCACGUGCUCCCGAAAAGUAAAACAGAACCCUAUACAUCGAAAGAGGAGAUGGUGCUGGAGGAAAGUGAGUCUCCUCUGAACAGUAACGUCACAGCAUUUGCAUUAAAGGCAAAAGUGAUUUAUCCCAUCAAUCAGAAAUUUAGGCCUUUGGCCGAUGGCUCAUCCAAUCCCUCUUUGCAUGAGAAUCCAAAGCAGGCAGUUCUGCCUAAUCAGGUCAUGGAGACAUCUACAUCAGGCAGCCUGGGAUCCUUGAGCCAGGGAGACAAAGAGGACUGCAGUUCCUCCACAACAGUACAUUCCACAACAAGUGAUGACAGAUUUCAGGCGCGAGCCUUCCUCAAGGUGACCAGCUUCCCUGAAGUGCUAACAUGUGAGAGUUUUGAUGUUAAGCUCUGCCUUUGCAGUCUUAUUUUAAAAGAUCUCAUGCUUCUUGAUACUGAACUCAGAAAAGAAAACCAUGUGAUGUUUAUUCAGCUUCUCAAAAUACACUUCACAGACUUUUAUCAUAAAAAGAAGAUUACUGAUGGUUUGUUCAAGAAGAUCCUUUUGAUUCAAGAAAAUGAUUUUGAAGAAUUACAGAAACAACUUGACUCUAGAUUCCAGAAUACUGAGAUGUCAGGAGCCCAUAAUUCAGAGUACCAGACUCUAGAAGACCUAGAAAGGAAACAAAGGGAAUGUUCUGAGCACAUAAUAGAUAAUAUGGAAGCUUUCUGGAAGCAGACUGAAAAAGCCCAGCAGGCUUUUCUGGACCAAUCAAAAUGCUCAAAUGCCAAAGCAGCAAAGAUGAUGACGGAUCUGACUGAGACGAUGAUUGCAGCAGAAAGUAUAUUAAGUGAAUCUCAAGACUUGCAGGCAAUGGACAUCCAGGAGAGGUUAUUCAACUGGGAGCUUAUGGUGAAAAUGAUCGAUUCACUGAAGUCCUGUAUACCAGAAGAGUGCAAGUGCAGAUUAAAUAUUGUAUCAAACAUUCUGGACCAUUUAACCGUAAAGAAUAAUCUCUCAGUCCGACAAAAGGAAGAACUUUUAACUGAUCUGCAUAAGGCCUUCUGGGAACAGCUGGCACAUUUCAGCAAUGAAUGCAUGCAGCAGAGUAAAGAUCUGAUCUUGAAACGAUUAGAGUGCCGUGCAAAGAAGAGAGAAGAGUUCAAACACAGACAGAAAGCUGAACAAGGGAGUCUCCUCAGUAAAACUUUUCAUAAUGAAGAUGUUCAUGAUUUUCUUAAGGAUUACCGUGAGCUGCUAGAGAAACACCGGCAAGCACAGUGGGAGCUGGAGGAGGAGGAUGACUGCGAGAGCACGGAGGCUGUUGCAGAUCUUUACAAGGAGCUGUACUCUAAAGCUUCCCACACUUUAGCGAAGUUGGUGACAGAGCUGUUUCUUCAAACCCUGCCUGUUGUGACCAGCCUCUCCGUAAGAGACUGUGAGCUGCUGAAAAAGGAAUGGCAGGAGAAUUUGGUCCCUCAGCUGGAGAAAUGGGAGGCCCACUGCCAGAGACGCUGGAAGCUUUUCCAGGAGCAGCUAUUGCAAGAAAAAAAACUAUGGAUGAAGGAAUAUGCUAUGUCUGCUGUGAUGCAAAAGCACCUGUCAGAGAAACAAGAGAAGAUAAUUCAAGGUGUCGUAAGCAGACUAGGACGCCUCGGUGAUGAGUAA